AUGAUUUAUUUUUUAAUAGUAUAUUCUAAAUUUUGUAUAUUUCUUAUAACUUUUAUUAUUUUCUCACAUUCUACAUGUACAAAAAGUGAUUCAAAGAUAAAAAAAGAUGCUACAAAACCAAGAAGUCUUAGAUUAUUAUCUACCAAAGAACAUUUAUCUCAUGAUAAAAUUAAUACAGCAAUAAAUGGUAUAGACAAUAGAUCUUCUUUAAGUGAAUCUAAAAGUAAUUCAUCACAUACAAAAAGUAAAAAAAGAAGUGUUAAAAAACGGGGAGAAUAUAAGAAAAAAAAUAGUACAUCAGAUGGUUUACCUCAAAAAGAUAGACUAUUCACAUUAUCUGAAAAAGAAGUUAAUCGUGAAAAUAAAAAUUAUGAAAGAGAUAGUAAAAAAAAUAAGAAACCAUCAAUAAAGGAACCAAAAAAAGAAGAAAAAAAAGUAUUAAAAACAAGUACAUCUAAAAAUGAUAAGAAAAAACAAAUCAAUGAAACGAGUAACUCAAAAAAAUCAAGAAAAGAGUUAAAGAUUGAAACAAAAUCAAGUAAAGAAAAAGUUAAUAGUAAAAAAAAAGAAUCACAAAAAGAUAAACCAAUUAAAGCUAAAAAUAGUAAAGAAUCUUCUUCUAAAAAUGAAAGUAAAAAAGAGGUAAAUGAUGGUUUAAAGAAAAAAAAGAAAAAAAAAUUAUUUUCUUUUGGUUCUAAAAAUAAUGAGGAUAAAACAAAUUCAAAGACAGAUUCAGACAAAGAAGUUAUUAAAAAAAAUAAAAAAUUGAGUUCAAUAAAAAAAAUAAAAAAUAAUCAGGAUUCAAAAAAGAAUAACAAUAGUCAAAGCUUUUUACAACCAACUCAAAGAUCACUAAAAAAAAAUACUCAUUCAAUUGUUACAAAUCCAAAUAAAGUUAAUAGUAAUAAAUCUUCUGUAAAAGAGGCAAAAUCUACCAAACAGUCAAAGAAAAAGGAAAAAGGAAGUGUAAAAUCUAAUGUGUCUAGUAAUAAAUCAACAAAAUCAUUACAAAAAAAAAAUAAUACUAAAGGAAGUAUAAAACAAAUAAAAAGUAAACUUUUUAAAAUUAAAGAAAAUAAAAAAGAAAAAUCUAGUAGUAAAAUUGAAUAA